AUGGGGUUCCGAUUAACGACAGCCUUCACGUGGUGCCUUCUCAUCGCAUCAGCCUGUGUUCCAUUCACCACAUUAGCAGCAAGGUUCGAGAUCAGAAACGAGAUCGCCAAAUACCCGGGACGAGACAGGCGCCUCUCGGUACAAUGUUGGUCGUCUAAUAACAAAUUAGGCAAGCAUGAACUCAGACCGGGCCAAUCUAAAAGCUGGUCCUUCACACCAAUAUUUAUCAAGAUACCCUUCCUCUACACAUACUUCCAGUGCACCUUCUUCACCGCUUUCGGCUCGCCUGAUGGUCAGACCACUCCGGUUUUCGCCGGGGAGAGGAAUUUCAGGUGGCAAUGCGAUAACAUAGAGGAGGAAGAGUGCAUUUGGGUGGUGAAGAGAGAUGGUCUCUUCCUAAGGAAGAUCUUAAAAGACAAUCAAGGCCAGAGGAUCUAUGAAGACAAUUUGAAGCUGUCUUGGAUUGGCGGUACUAACUACCACCCUGUUGAAGAGGAAACAUAA